UGGGGUAAGAGGCAGGAGAGAAUGAGGAGGUUGGUGGUGCCUUAUCAUCUCAAAGAAGGAAAGGGAUGUGCCUUUAGCUUUCCCAUAUUAAAUAACCAAAGCACAUAUAGACUCCUCCCACAAGAAGAUCUCACCCCCACCAAUUUUUUUAUAUCAAGAUAUCUUACUAUGGUGUAGAAUUAUACACUAAUGAUAUGAUAUUUUAGUUAAUUAGAUAUAUAUGGAUAGAUAGGGAUUUAAGACUAGGUUAAUUAGGACCUAAUCAAGGCCCUCCUCCGUAAGAAUCCCUUUCCUUAUUUUCUCCCUCGCUCCCUCCCCCCUCUUUUAAGGGCCAAUAGGGGAGAGAGGAGGCGCCCCCAGGCUCCGUUACGUCGUUACGUUUUCUGUUAGAAUUUAGAGCGCUACGGCCUACGGUUCUCUAAUGGCUAACGCCGUCGAGGCCGCGGGUUCGAACGGUUGCGAGGGGGGCGGCAGCGCCGGCGCUGGUGGCGGAGGAAGGCCGCCGCGGCUGCCGCGGUGGACGCGGCAGGAGAUACUGGUGCUGAUAGAGGGGAAGAGGGUGGUGGAGAGCCGGGGGAGGGGGCGGGCGGCGACGGGGCGGCCGGCGGCGGCGUUGGUGGGGGCGGGGAGCCCGGUGGAGCCGAAGUGGGCCGCGGUGUCGGCGUACUGCCGCCGGCAUGGGGUGAACCGGGGUCCGGUGCAGUGCCGAAAGAGGUGGAGCAACCUCGCCGGCGACUUCAAGAAGAUAAAGGAGUGGGAGAGCGGAAGGGCGGCGGCGGAGAAGAAGGGAGGGUGGGAGUCGUUCUGGGCGAUGAGGAAUGAUCUACGGCGGGAGCGGAGGCUACCGGGGUUCUUCGACCGGGAGGUGUACGACAUCCUCGACGGGGCGGCGGCGGCGGCGGAGCCGCCGGAGGAGGCGGAGGAGGAGGAGGAGGAGGGGAAGGGUGGUGCCGGAAAGAGAGGGGUGGCCGACGAGGAGGCGGUGUUCGACAGUGGGCGGGCGGCAGCGGAGGACGGGCUGUUCUCAGAUUUUGAGGAGGAGAAGGAGGUGGAAGAAGAUGAGGAGCCAGCAGAGGAGGAGGAGAGGCCGGCGGCGCCGCCCCCGCCCCCACCGCCAGCCCCGGUGGCGGCCGUGGUGCCGAUCUCAGAGAAGAAGUAUGAACCAUCUCGUGCGGAAAGUUCUGAUCAAGGUAUAGCGAAAGAUAAGCAACCAGCUGAUAACCUUGAGAAUGAGUCCCCGUCUCAAGAAGGACAAAAGCGGAGGCGAACAUCACAGGACAGAGCUGGAGACAUCAAUCUACAGAGUCAGUUGAUUGAAGUCCUGGAGAGAAACAGUAGAAUGCUGACAGCCCAACUUGAAGCUCAGAAUGUAAACUGCCAAUUGGACAGAGACCAGAGGAAGGACCAAACCAAUAGCUUGCUAAGUGUUCUUGGCAAACUUGCAGAUGCACUUGGAAGAAUUGCUGACAAGUUGUAGGGAGUGCUGGAGAUUAAGGAUGCGAUCAGGCCGCUGGAAGACUGUACAGUUAGAUAAGCUUGUAGCUCGAUAGAUUUCAGAGAAGGUAGAUAAAUAAUGCAUCUGUUGGAGAAUAUUGGCUUUAUUUGAUGUAAAGUUUUUCUUUUUACCUCUAGAGAGUGGUAGAGUUGAUAGCUGAUAGCAAUUUAUAGGGAGAGAUGAAAGUUACAGCUCUUUUCACUGUCUAUUUAUUUGACAUCGCAAUCUUGACUGUAUCAAAGAUUGUACCUUUGUUGAUUUUUAAGUUAUUGGAGUAAAUUGAAAAUGGUGAGAUUCAUAGCA